GUUUAAUUGGAGGGCUGGACCGGAAGGUUUUAGGUUAUAGGGGAUUUGGGUUGAAGUAGCGGAGAUGGCCGCAGCCGCUGGGAGUCGGACAGUCGGGGCCAGAGCCCUGCGUGAGAUUCGCAUCCAUUUAUGCCAGCGUUCGCCGGGCAGCCAGGGCGUCAGGGACUUCAUCGAGAAGCGCUAUGUGGAGCUGAAGAAGGCGAACCCCGACCUGCCCGUUCUAAUCCGCGAAUGCUCCGAUGUGCAGCCCAAGCUCUGGGCCCGCUACGCAUUUGGCCAAGAAAAUCAUGUUUCUCUGAAUAACUUCAGUGCUGAUCAGGUAACCAAAGCCUUGGAGAAUGUGCUAAGUGGCAAAGCCUGAAGCUUUCACUGAGGAUUAAGAGCAACGGUACAACAGUCCGGGUUCUGCUGGCUGAUUACAGCAUGGAGAAAUGUGUUCUUUCAUUGUCUAUAAAGCUUAUACUGUAAUA